AUGGCGCCAGCCGAAACCAAAAAGGCCGACUCGGGCCCUCCCAAGCUUUCCGACUACAGCACGAUCCUCGACGAGAGCACAUUCGAACAGAUCCUCGAAAUGGACGACGACGAGGAGGACCGGGAUUUCAGCAAGAGCAUCGUUUAUGGUUUCUUUGACCAGGCCGAGAGCACUUUCAAGAAGAUCCAGAAGGAAAUAGAUGACAAGAACCUCGACGAACUCUCUGCCCUGGGCCACUUCCUCAAGGGCUCAUCUGCUACCCUGGGUCUGAUUAAGGUCAAGGACGGUUGUGAGAAGAUCCAGCAUUUCGGCGCUGGCAAGGAUGAGACAGGCACCAUCGACGAACCCGAUAAAGAGGUCUCCCUGAAGGCCAUCAAAAAGACCCUCGACGAAGUUGUGGUUGCCUAUCGCAAGGUCGAGAAGCUUCUGCGUCGAUACUACGGCGAGGAAGUACCCGAGGAGAAGGAAGAGAAGCCCGCAGCGAAGGAAGAGAAGACGGAAGAGAAGCCCGCAGCGAAGGAAGAGAAGAAGGCGGAAGAGAAGCCCGCGGCAAAGGAAGAGGUCAAGGAGUCCAAGGAAUCCAAGGAAUCCAAGGAGCCCGAGGAUAAGAAGGAGACCUCGAAAUAG